AUGCCACCAGCAGCCACCGCCGUCCUCACCCCACAGGAACAACCCGCCCUCACCGGCAGCGCCCACCCCUCAGAUCUCAAGGACCGCCUCUCAAGAUGGAAGACCCGCCUGAACGCCCUGACAGAGAUCCACCUCCCCACAGACUACCCAAGACCGAUCCCUCUCCAGGUCGUUGAGGCUGUCCAUUCCCUCCAGUUGACCGAACAGAGCUCCCUCGCCCUCCUGCAGGCAAGCAUGGCUAUCAGUCGUCCCGCUGGACCCGCCGACUCUGGAUCAUCAACAGGAGGAUCGAAUUCGCCUGUUGCAGCAGCAGCACCUUCGCAUGCUUCACCUUUUACGAUCUUGUUGGCGGCGUUUGCGAUUCUUUUACACCGGUAUACGGGAGACGAGGAUAUGUCAAUUGGAUCUUCGUCUGAGGCCCGUAACCCUGUUGUAUUACGUCUGGGAGUGACACCCGGUCAAACCUUCCGCCAGGUUGUUGAGCAGACUCAUCUUGCCGAGCGCGAUGCUGCAAACGACGAGGUUCCCUUUGCCACCCUCAUGGCACAUCUGUUCCCUAGCACCACCGGAAACACCGCCGAUCAAUCAUCCGCAUCCUCAUCCCUCUUCCACGUCCGCUUUUUCAACGAGCUCGACACCCCCUCCGACCAGGUCCUCAACUCAACCUCCGCCACAACCGAUCUCACCAUCACCCUUGUAUCCCAUGCCUCCUCCUCCCUCCGCUUCGGCCUCCUCCCCCAGAUCGAGCUCAAGGUCUCAUACAACCAGGUCCUCUUCUCUAUGAAGCGCAUCCAGCACAUCCUCGACCAGCUCGUCCAAGUCCUCAACAUUGCCGGUCCCAAGCCCGACAUCCUCGUCAGUGACAUCCCCAUCGUCACCCCUGCCUGCCGCGAUGUCCUCCCUGACCCUGCGGCCAACUUGCAAUGGGCCAAUUGGCCCGGUGCGAUCCAUGAUAUCUUUGCCCGCAAUGCCAAGGCCUUCCCUGACCGCGAGUGUGUCUUUGAGAGCAGGGAUAUCUUGAGUCAGGAUGGGUCCGGUCGCGUGCUCGGACAGCAGAAGCAUAUUUAUACCUUUGGACAGUUGCACCAGGCGUCCAACUUGGUUGCACAUGCCCUUGUCAAGGGCGGUAUUCAGCCCCAGGAUGUUGUCAUGGUCUAUGCCUACCGUGGAGUUGACCUUGUCAUUGCUGUCAUGGCCGUCCUCAAGGCCGGCGCUACCUUUAGUGUCAUUGACCCCGCGUACCCUCCCAACCGCCAAAAGAUCUACCUCUCGGUCGCUCGCCCCCGCGGUCUCAUCGUUCUGGCCCACGCUGGAACUCUGGAUUCCUCUGUCCGCGAGUACAUUCAAGAAGGACAGGACUUCCAGUUGGCUUGUGAGAUCCCUGGUCUCGAGAUCGCCCAGGACGGCUCUGUUCUCGGUGGUCAGACCAACGGUGUCGAUGCUCUUGAAGCUGUCCGCGACUUGGCUGCUCAGGAUGUCGGUGUCGUUGUUGGACCCGAUAGCAUUGGAACCCUUAGUUUCACCAGUGGAUCCACUGGUAUCCCCAAGGGUGUUCGUGGUCGCCACUUCUCGUUGACUCACUACUACACAUGGAUGCAGCAGGAGUUUGGCUUGAGCAAUCAGGACCGCUUCACGAUGCUCUCCGGUAUCGCCCACGAUCCCAUCCAACGUGACAUCUUCACCCCUCUGUUCUUGGGUGCCCAGCUCCACAUCCCCACCACCGAGGACAUUGGUAUUCCUGGCCAGCUGGCUGUCUGGAUGCAGAACAGCGCCGUCUCGGUCACUCACUUGACCCCCGCCAUGGGUCAGCUGUUGACCUCGCAUGCCCAGAACCCUGUCCCCUCGCUUAAGAACGCCUUCUUUGUCGGAGAUAUCCUGACCAAGCGCGAUGUCCACCGUCUGCAAAAGAUUGCUGCCAACUGCCGUACUAUUAACAUGUACGGAACCACCGAGACCCAGCGUGCCGUCUCGUACUACUCUAUCCCUGCUGUUGCGACCGAGCCUCUUUUCUUGAGCUCUCAGAAGGAUGUCAUGCCCGCCGGUCGUGGCAUGCUCAAUGUCCAGCUCCUGGUCAUCAACCGUGUCAGCAACCGUCUCUGUGGUGUUGGUGAGGUCGGAGAGAUCUAUGUCCGUGCCGGUGGUCUUGCCGAAGGAUACUUACAGUUGCCCGAUGCCACCAAGGAAAAGUUCUUGACCAACUGGCUUGGUGACAGCUUGGCUGCCCCAGGUGCCGACGAGAUCAACGGCAAGUCAGAGUGGAAUGGUCACUGGAAGGGACGUCGCGAUCGUCUCUACCGUACCGGAGAUUUGGGUCGUUACCGCCCCGACGGCAAUGUCGAGUGCUCUGGUCGUGCCGAUGACCAGGUCAAGAUCCGUGGCUUCCGUAUCGAGCUUGGCGAGAUUGACACCCAUCUCUCACAGCACCCUCUCGUCCGUGAGAACGUCACUUUGGUUCGUCGUGACAAGAACGAGGAGCAGACUUUGGUCAGCUACUUUAUCCCUGUGGCCCCCAGCGAGGAUGAAAUCUUUAUGAGCAGUGCCGAUGAGGGUCGUCGUGAGGAUGGAUCUGAGAACAAGCGUCGUUACCGCCGUCUAAUUCGCGAUAUCCGUGAGUGGCUCAAGGUCAAGUUGCCUGCCUACUCUGUUCCCAGCGUCUUUGUCCCUCUCGCCAGAAUGCCCUUGACCCCCAACGGCAAGGUUGACAAGAAUGCUCUGCCCUACCCUGAUACUCCUCAGUUCAACAACAACAGCACUGCUGCUACUACCGCCGCCUCUGCUACUCCUGCCCCCUCGGAUGGUCCCGUCAUGAGUCCUACCCAGCUUGCGAUCCACAACAUCUGGAAGCAGCUUUUGCCCUCCAGCCCCACCUGGAUCCCUCUUACCGAGAACUUUUUCGAUCUUGGUGGUCAUUCCAUCCUGGCAACUCGUUUGAUUUUCGAGGUCCGUCGUGUUUGCUGUGUCGACGUGCCCCUAAACCUCGUCUUCCGUGAGCCCACUAUCGGAGGCAUGGCCAAAGAAGUCAGCCGUGUCAGCAUGGAUGCUCUCCAGCUCGAUGUCGAUGGCACCGCCGAGGAGCAAGAACAGGCUGCCGAGGAGGAGGAGCAGAUCUUUGAUUACUCUGGUGACUUUGAGGAGCUCCGCAAGAACGAAAUCCAAGCCGAGUACCCCCACGUCGAGCGUGCCGACAAGGUCGAUUACCAGACCUUCUUCCUCACUGGUGCCACCGGUUUCUUGGGCGCCUUUAUCCUUUCCAACCUGUUGGUCAACAACCCCACCGCCCAUGUCAUCUGUCUGGUCCGUGCCUCGACUGAAGAAAAGGCUCUGGAGCGUGUCCGCUCUUGUGGACAGACCCACCUUAUCUGGAACGAGGAAUGGGUCUCCUCUGGUCGUCUCUCCGUCGUGAUGGGUGACCUGGCCCAAGACCAGUUCGGUUUAAGCCCCGAGGCAUGGGAGCUGUGCUGUCGCCAGGUCGACAUCAUUGUUCACAACGGCGCUCUCGUCCACUGGGUUUACCCCUACCCCAAGAUGCGCGCCGCCAACGUCAUGGGAACCCUCCAGGGUCUCAAGAUGGCUGGCACCUACCACAGCAAGUCCUUCCACUUUGUUUCUUCUACUUCGGUCCUCGACACUGCCCACUACAACGAACUCUCGGACGCCAAUGCCGACUCUGCCCACCGUGGAGUCCCCGAAACCGAUGACCUCGAGGGAGCCCGCUACGGUCUCCGCAGCGGAUACGGUCAAUCCAAGUGGGUCGCCGAGAAGCUGAUCAUGACCGCUAACAAGAACGGUCUCGCCGCAACCAUCAUCCGCCCCGGCUAUGUCCUCGGUCACACUCAGACAGGAGUCACUAACACCGACGAUUUCAUCUGGCGUCUGAUCAAGGGAUGCAUCGAACUCGGCUCGGUCCCCAACAUGAACAACGCCGUCAACCUCUGCCCUGUCGACUAUGUUGCUCAAUGUGUCGCCUCGGUCGCCACCACCCCUGGCUCAGAGACCUCUAUGGUUUACCACGUCACCCACCCCAUUGCUCCUCCCUUCCGAUUCAACGAUUUCUUCCAGCUCUUGAGCCGUUUCGGAUACGAGGUCCAGACGACCGAAUACAUUGCCUGGAGAACCUCCCUGAUGGAGUAUACCCUCAAGAGUCAGGACAGUGCCCUCUACCCUCUCCUUCACCUUGUCAUGGACGAUCUCCCCACCUCCACAAAGUCGCCUGAGCUGGCUGAUACUCACACCCAACAGGUCACCAUCCAAGGUGCUCAGCAGCACGCUUUUGCGGCCACUCCUCGUAUGGAAGAGUCGCAGAUCGGAAUCUACUUGGCCUACAUGGUCAAGGUUGGCUUCUUGGACCAGCCCACUCUUGCUGGUGAGGGUAUCUUGCCCCUGCCUGAGAUCAAGGAAGAUGUUCGCAUCAUUGAGCGUAGCCGCGGUUAA